GGGAACAGUAUUUUGCAGAAAACCGGAAAUGUUGGUUUCCAUGGAUACCAUGAACUACAAACUUGCCUGCAGUAAAUUUUCGGAAAAAUGGCUAAAGCGAACGACAACCGUAAGUAUGACUUGGCACGGCUGCAAGUAGAAAUCGAAGAAGAAAGAGAGCUGAAAGAGAUGCUCAUAGGAUCUGUGUGCGACCUGCGAUGUACUGUGGCAGAACUGCAAGAAAGACUACGUAGUGUUGACGGGGAAGGUAAUGAGUGGAAGACGAGGUUUGAGACACAAGUAGAACUAAAUGGACAGCUGGAGAGACAGAUUUCACACAUUCAGCAGAGGCUGGAGAGCAUCAAAGGAAACCCCGUCGAUCGAUUGGCUUUUAUCCGAUUAUAUGAAGACAUGGGACUGAAAGAAAUGCUUAAAGAACACCUAACAGUCCUGACUGAGGAGAAAACUGACCUCCAUAAUCAGCUGAAGAACUGCCAUCUUCAAAUGGAACAGGAGGGAAAGGCAUUCCAUAAAACCAAUGAUGAAAGGCGGGCAUAUCUUACAGAAAUAGCUAUGUUGUCUUCUGUCCGUGAGCCGCAGAGACGGCAGUAUGCCAACCAGCGACAGAGGGCAGCAGAGAGCAAACAGAUCAGAGGAAAAGGCGUCUGUAGGAAAGCACAAGCUGGUUCUAACAAAGGAACGGAGGAGGGAUUAACAGAACGUCUGAAUGAAGGCGGAGGAGGAGGUGGUGAUUCAACAACAGAGAGAGGAAUGAAGAAGAAAUCCCAAAGGGAAAGCAGGUUACCCACUCUGAAGCAUCGGGGAAAACAUAAUCCUUAACCAAAAUCUGUUCCCAUGGAUAUUUGCAGGGUUCUUUUAUUGGGGGUGAUUAUCCUUGUACAUUUCUGUCCGUUUUUUUGUUUAGGCUUUUAUUUAUUUUCUCGAAGUUUGAUUGUAUAAUGAUUUAAAUACUUAUUCAAAUGUACUUAUAUAGAGGUAUGAACCAUCAGAAAUCAGACUUUUCUUGCACAAACAGGCAGAUAUUUCACUCUUUUACCAAGACAUUUGCAAAAGUCUUACAUCGUGACUUAAGAAUGAGCUUAUUCUGCUACUUCAAAACUCUACUGAGUUUUGAAGUAGCAAAACUUCAAAACUCACUGACUAGUUGCCUGACUAGUUGCCUGGUGUCUUGGAACUAAAUGUUUCUGAAAACUUCAAUGACAGAGUUUGCAUCGGGACAUUCAAGUUGAGGACGAUGACCGUCUCUACUUUGGGUCACCUGCUCUGCCACUGAGUCAUGAAGGACCCAAAACUAAGCUUUUACUUUAAUUUCUUCUAAUUCAUGCACCUGAAACCCUGUUCACUAAACACGAUUAGUGUUUGCUCUGUUACCAGCUCGGUUCUAAAUCCAGAAACCAGGAUGUUUGUAGUGAGCUUUCAGGAUAGAAAGGACUACAGUGACUACAGCCAUCUUCUAUUCAAGACAAUAAAAGAAGAGCUCAUGCAACCAGAGCAAAAACAAAUUUGUUCAGAGAAAAUAAACAACCUUUUCUGAUGUAAAGUAAGGCUCUACCUAUUAGUUUAUGGUGAUUCUGGUGCUGGAAGUUAAUGGAAUUAAGGAUUCCUUCUUUUAAUUCUCUUUUCUUUUUUCUCUCAACAUUUCCCUUCAGUUAAUUGACGUAAAAUAAAUCUAAAUUACAUCAGGAAACCCUGCUUUUAAAUUUUAUAGACUUUUGAUACAGUUAGAUCUCCAUUCAGCUAAUAAUACUUUGACCCUUCAUUCUCGGGUCCCUUUGAAAUGUUUAAGUAGUUCCAUGUUUUUGUUGCUUUUACUUAACUCAUUAAAAUACUCUAAUGCUAUUUCAAAUUACAUCUUUUGUUUUUAAUAUUGUUUCCAAACUGACAAUUCUGAUCAGUUUUUGUAGAAUUGUCAAUAUUCAAAUUCUCAGAAUAAACACAUUUUAGACUAACGUAUUUCAUUCCUCUUUAAAGUAUUCCAUAAGAUGACGAUUUAUGAUGUCAGUGAUUAAUGAUAUAUUAAGCACUUUGAUCUGCCUUGCUGCUGAAAUGUGCUAGGCAAAUAAACUUGAUUGAUCGAUAUAUUUGAGACAGUUAAAAUAAAAAUAAAAGUGCUGAUGCAUAAUAAAUAUUAUCAAAUGCACUUAUGAAGUAAAAUGUUGCAAUAUUUUUGUAGUAUUUGUAUGCAUAAAUAUAUUUUGAAUCUGAUCUAAUUUGAUUCUCUUACACGCAGAAAACCUGGUGAAAUGUGAGUAUAAGGUUUGAAACUGGUGAAUUGAGCUGAUAUGUGUUGGGAGCCUGCUGAGUUUGACAUUUCUUUUACAAUACUUUUUUUAAACGCCACCUACGACACACAUUACGUAAGCAGAACCGUAUCCACCAAUCACUCUGUGUAGUUGAGACACAGAGCAAGCAGUCGCCCCCAUCCUACCCACUGACCAUCUUUAUAUGUGUGGGUGUUGAGACAAAAAGCAACUAUCCCUGUGAGAUGAAGUAGUGUUCUGUAAAACUGCCAGAAGCGUUUUCACAACUUUGUGUUUGAGAAGAAGUGUGAGGGAUCAUUUCAAUUUUCGCAUUGAAAUAAAACAGUGAUGCAGCAAA